AUGAUGUGCCGCCAACGAGCUUUGACAAGCCAAGAGAGGGAGGAACGACGCCGCUGUCCAGGUUGUUUGAAGUUGAAGCCAUUUGAGGAGGACGUCGGUUAUGAAACCGAUGGUACAGAUCAGGAGGAAAUCGAAGAAGAGGAUGAGACCAGGGAGCGCAGAGUCGACCGCAUGGUCGACAGCCGUUGCCCCCGCUGUCCAUUUGGCGCCUCGAACUAUUUACGGCAUAGCUAUUUUAUCAAGUACAAUGAGUAUGGUAGCAAAGAGGGGGGCCAACUGGUCCGCACGGUUAAAGUGUUUUCUGAAUUGUGGUGGCGCAUGCCUCCACCCGACGCCGAAAGUAGCGACGAGGGAUACAGCGCCGAUGAAAGCAAUGUCGACAACGAUGACGACGAUGAGGACGAUGAAGGUUACGCAAGUGGCCGACCCAAUCAAUAUGACAUGUCCCAAGUUGAACCGAUUCAGCCUGAGGAGGAUUUUCCUGGCGAGGAUGUGCUGAUGAAGGACCUGGCUGAUGAGAGCCAAGAUGAGGAGAAGCAGCCUGAUGAGGCAUGA